AUGGACAGCAAAGGGCUUUUGGCUGCGACCUCUCCACGUCGGCUACGCACCGCUUCCGCCUCAGGAACUACCCCCACUCAAAAGAUCAAGUCGCCAGUCACUCCCAGAGCAGCCAGUAGCAGCCCAGCUGCAAGGACCAAGUCGGUUCUCUUCCCGUCUCCCGUCACUCUCAAGGUGCCAGCUCGGAUCCAAGACGAUCCAACCAGCUCUUUCGGUAAUAGUCCCGUCAGCUCGAGACCUUCCAUCACAAUGGCUCAACCCGCCACCACUACUGCACGAGCAAAAUUAGCCGCCGCCAUUGGCCGGCUGUCUCAUUUGGAAGCGCGCAUCACUUCCGCUCCAUCCGCAUCUCUUUCCGAGGUUCGCCGAGGACAAAUUCUGAGUAUGUGGGCGGAUGUCGAGGCGGAAUAUAAAGCUUGCUCCGCAGUGAUGGUUGACGAGGACCCAAGGGUCCAAGAAGACAUCCGAGAGAAGUACGGCGAGUGCUAUGGGGUAUUUGAGCAGUGCCUCGCUGACCUCAAUGCUCAGCUGGCCCAAACAGCAGUCCAUCCGUCUGCACCGCAAACCUACCAGGGCGGCUGCCGACUGCCCUCCUGCGACAUCGAGGUCUUCGCAGGAGAUUACAUAAAUAUUUUGCUCUUUUUGCCUCGCGUCGAGUCCGAGACCAGUCGAGCUUUGAAAGAGCUUCAAAGCACGAUGCAAGGGGUCCUCACCGCCCUUGCUCACUCCAAGGUCUGCACCGACAACUGGGAUAGCCUCCUCGUUACUAUUUGUGCUUCCAAGUUGCCGAAGUUGACCCGGCCUUUGUGGGAAGCCCGUGUCACAGACAAGAAGGAGGUGCCUCCAUGCACGGAAAUCGACGCCUUCCUCACUCAGCGCUAUUUGACGCUAGAGGCCAUGGAGAGCGACCACUUCCAAAGGCAAUCCGACCCCACCAUCGUCCAAUCCGCAGCCUUCCGGAAGCAACUCCAAUCCGUUCCGGUCUCAUGGCAGCUGUGCUUGAACUGUUUCGCUAGAGGUCAUCAGCUCCGGGAAUGCCAAAGCGCCCACAGUUGCUUCACUUGUGGAGCCCGCCACCACACGCUCCUGCAUCGGGGGACUCCAGCUCCCAGCGAGCUGACUUCCACAACAGCGGAGGAUCCCGCUUCUUCCGUCGCUCCGCCCAACGUUCAGAACUAUUUUGCUUCGGGAACAAGAGCGGUGCUUCUCGGUACGGCAAUAAUCAACAUCUGCCACCGGGGGACAAAUUUCCGUGCCCGCGCUCUGAUCGACUCGGGCUCCGAGGCGACGUUCCUUACGGAACGUCUCUUUAACAUCACCCAGUUGCCAUUCCGCCUUAUUCAGGCCCAGGUUUCAGGCCUAAAUCAGACUGUUGCAGCUCAAUCCAAAAAGCUCUGUGAUUUGUCCAUUCGCUCCCUGAUUACGCCGAGCGUACAGUUAAACGCCACGGCCCACGUGCUGCCAGACAUAGCCGGCAAUCUCCCUUCAUAUCCGAUCCCGCAGAGCGCGUUGCGAGACUUGCCGAACCUGCCUUUAGCAGACCCUAAAUUUUAUGAGAGCUCACAGAUAGACGUUCUGAUCGGAGCCGACAUCCUUCCGUCCAUACUGUUAAGCGGCUCACAGACCGACAUCUGUGGUUCCCUCCUCGGACAGCAAACCAUCUUUGGGUGGGUGCUUACCGGUCCAGUGCCAAGUGCUGUUCCAGACCAGAUUGCAUCUUUCUCCACCCAAAUUUCCCACGUCCGCGAUGCUCCAUUGGACAAACUUCUUACAAAGUUUUGGGAGGUGGAGGAUCUACCUAUCAAGGUAGCAGGAGAGUCGGACUCCUAUUGCGAAAGAAAUUUUCUUCGAACCACGUCAAGAACGUCAAGCGGAAAGUACGUGGUAACACUGCCGUUUCGUGACCCCGAUCAUUGUGGGUCUGGCCUGGGGCAUUCAAGGUCUAUUGCCCUAGCUCAGUUUCUCCGAAAUGAGAAUCGGCUAAAGAGAAACGUUUCAUUUCGAGAACAGUAUAACUAUGUGAUCCAGGAAUAUUUAGAUCUCGAUCAUAUGACAGAGGUUCCGUCCACUAACGAGUCCGCCAAUUAUUAUCUCCCGCACCAUGCGGUAAUCAAGCCGGAGAGCACUACCACGAAAGUCCGCGUGGUAUUCAACGCGUCCAGUCCUUCUGCGAACGGCACGAGCUUGAAUGAUCUUCUUCAUGCGGGUCCGGUCCUCCAAUCCGAUUUAACCCUCCAAAUCCUGAAGUGGCGCUAUUUCCGAUACGUCUUCAACGCCGACAUUACAAAGAUGUAUCGCCAAAUUUGGGUACAUCCAUCGUGCACGCCCUUCCAGCGAAUAUUAUUUCGAAACCAGGAGGGUGAGAUUCGGGACUAUGAGCUGAAAACCGUGACCUUUGGUGUCAAUUGCGCUCCGUUUCUAGCCAUCCGGGUACUGCAACAGCUUGCCGACGAUAUCCAGUCGCGAUUUCCAAAGGCAAGCCACAUUGUACGGCAUUUCAUGUACGUCGACGACUUCCUAGCCGGGGCAGACUCCAUCAAGGAGGCUUCUGGAAAUCGAUGCCGAGAGCACGGCAAAGACCCUCGGAGUUCGCUGGAAGGCGGCGUCAGACGAGUUCUUCUUUGUUCCUCCCGUGUUCACGCUUGAGUUAUCCUACACCAAGCGAGAAGUUCUUUCCCAAAUUGCGAAGCUGUUUGACCCCGCGAGUGGCUAGCCCCAUUCAUCGUCCGGUCCAAGAUUUUUAUGCAGGAGAUCUGGUUGCAAGUUUUGGGAUGGGACGAACCUCUUCCAAGUUCGUUGUACCAACGCUGGCUAGACUUUCUGCAAAGGUACUACAUCACUACCCGAGAUCAAGAUUCCAAGAUGGGUAUGUUACCAGCCAUCGGUAAAGAUCGAACAUCACGGUUUCUGCGAUGCCUCCGAAAAGGCGUACGGUGCAGCGCUCUACGUGCGCGUCGAGUGUGACCAGCAUAUCACGGUGCAUCUACUGUCGGCGAAAACACGAGUCGCUCCCGUGAAAACCGUUUCGCUUCCUCGACUAGAGCUGUGCGGUGCAGUGCUCCUUUCCGAAAUGGCGACGGCUAUCCUGCCAAGCAUGCCGACGGUAAGUCAUCAAUGCUACUACUGGACCGAUUCUACUAUUGUACUGGCCUGGUUGAGCAAGCCCGCUUGCCAUUGGACUACCUUUGUGGCCAAUCGAGUGACGAAAAUAGCUCAGACUACCGAAACCAGUCAUUGGGCUCAUGUUCGUUCCGAACAUAACCCCGCUGACUUAGCCAGUCGAGGCGUAGCUUUACCAGAACUGGUGGGUAGCCAACUCUGGUGGCAUGGACCAGCGUGGUUGCGAUCUCCACGUGAUCAAUGGCCAGCCCAAGCCGCCGAAACUCCAGUUCAAACCCUAGAGCAGCGGGCCGUGAAGGUCCAUCUCGUUUCCAGCCCACCCGAAGAUUUCCUGGAGCGAUUCUCCCAGCUUGAGAAGGCUCUUCGAGUGCGUGCAUAUGUUCUACGUUUUAUUCAGUGUUGCCGGAAAGCAACACUCGCAUGUAGGGACCACCUCACUAGUGGGGAAAUUAACGAAGCGGAGCGAACUCUUAUCCUAGAGGCUCAGCGCCGGGACUUCCCCCAAGAAUCUCACUGCCUGAGUGGUAAACGUCCCGUGCCAAGUUCAAGCUCUAUUUUGAAUCUAAACCCCUUUCUAGACCGACAGGGGAUCAUGAGAGCAUGUGGCCGGAUCACAGCUUCACAAGAUCUGAAGUAUGAUGAGCGCCAUCCACUCAUCCUGUCCUGUAGUUGCCGCCUGUCUCGCCUGCUCGCUCACUUCACGCACAGGAUGACUCUCCAUGGUGGCAGUCAACUGAUGACGCGCCUCAUUCACUGCAAAUAUUGGAUCCCGAGAAUCCGGAACCUGAUGAAGGGCGUGGUGAAUCCACAAGAAGAAACUACAGACCCAACUGAUGGGUGAUCUCCCGACAGACCGAACUUCUUUCUCCAGACCGUUUACCCAUACCGGUAUUGACUAUGCAGGUCCUUUCGACAUAAGGAACUAUACCGGGAGAGCGUGCCUGAUCACCAAGGGUUAUGUGUGCGUAUUUGUAUGUUUUUCCACGAAGGCCAUUCACUUGGAGGCCACCUCCAACCUGACCACCGAGAAGUUUCUAGCAGCUUUCGCUCGGUGGCAAUCGGUGGCAGCAUUUGAAGGCCCUCAACCAGCAGUUCUGCCAGAAUUGCAAGGAUGAGUACCUCAAGGAACUCCACAAGCGCAACAAGUGGCAGACGGAUAUGCCAAAUCUUCAGAUCGGCGAUAUGAUUAUCGUGAAAGAAGAUAACCUGCCUUCUAACGACUGGCGACUCGGAAGAGUACAGUCCGUGUAUCCCGGCGCCGAUAACAGGGUUCGGGUGGUAGACAUUAUUACUGCCCGCAGUGUGCUCAAACGCCCGGUCGCAAAAGUCGUUCUCCUUCCAGGGGAACUCCCUCGUCCCGUACAACAAUACAACAAGGCGUCCCGUACAACAAGGCGUCCUGUGCCUAGCCCGUUUAAUAAUGCCUCUCCUUGUCUACUAUUCCAUCCAAGUUCUUUUCGCCUCCAAAACGCCCUCGUUUGUUCGUCCAACAGUACUUAGAGAAGUGCCUGUCACCUGUUCCUAGCACGUUACUAAUGCUUCUCCGAUUCUUCUUUUCCAAACCAGUUCAUUUUGCAUCCAGAUCCUGAUGGCUCCAAAACCCCGUGUCAAGCACACCUCAGGGAGCAGACGCUCCCGAAUACAAGCUUCCUACCGCUGCCGAGUCUGCUCCGGAAGCCAUCCACUACGGGACUGCCGUAGCUUUCUCAAGCUGAGCGUGGCGAAGAGGCUCCGAGCCGUGCUGGUGAACAAAUACUGCCGGAACUGCCUGGCUCAUCAGCACUCUGGCAAGGAUUGCCGAAGUGGUGGCCGGUGCAAGGUGUGCCACAAGGACCAUCACACGCUGCUCCACAUGCGACCGUCCCAGCGUCCAGCCCGCUCGGAAUCGCCAGCUCCGUCUCCAGCUCCGGUGUCCCGAGCCGAUCGCCGCCCCCGUUCUCCGGAAAGACGCCCCAAGACGGGGAAUCCGGGCUGUGGGAACCACCAACAUCCACCCUCCUACAAAACAGGAACGAACGAAAUAAGAGAAGGAACGUUGUGAGUCGCUUCUGUGGACGCGACUCUACUUUUAUACCUGUACUAUGGGAUGCCACAGAUUUUCGUACUUUGUGAAGGCGUAAGGGAGCGUGUGAUAUCACAUGAGUCAGGAAACAAAAUUUGGUUGCUCUAGCUUUAAUAGUCUCAGAGAACUAGGCGUCAAGCAAAACGGACAGACAGACAUGGCUAUAUUGAUUCGGCGGUUGAUCCUGAUCGGAAACGUUUUCUUCUCUGCGUUGCACACAUCCACUUUUACCACAAAUCGAAUAAACCCCUUAACUCUUCAAUGUGUGGAAUGCGGUACGUAGCUGGGACCCGAUCUGCCAUUGGAAGUCGCCCGUUUUAGCCCGGAUGAGCGCAGUGUACACCUACCCAUCCCCAAUACACGUUGUUGACAAUUUGAGGGCCUUGGCCAGCUUGUCCAUGAAGCCGACUGGUGUGCAUGGGUCGAUGAGCGCGCUGUCUCGAACCCGAAUCUAGGACUUCCAGCGCCGUCGCACAGUGGAACCUUCGGCCAUUUCAGCUUGCUAAAUUAAUAACUUCCGAACGAAUCAAGAUAUCUUCAUGAAAUAAAUUUUUUUUGAAAGAAACAACUUUCAAAAAUAAGUCUGCAAGUAGCACUCUUGUCUAGAAACUUGUCAAUAAAUAGUCAAAGUUGAACUUUGUUGCCAGUGCAUAAUUUCCUAUAUAAAAUGAUCAAUAGAUAUAUUUU